CUGCUCUUUGACGUUUCAACAUCAAAGAGGAAAAUAAAAAGUGUAACAUUAAGAAGAUACUUGUGAAUGCAAUUAAGUGAUCAUACAUUGUAUCAAGGAGGAAUAAGAAAGUUAAUUGAGUGGAUUUAAUAAUUGCAAAAAUGGAACUUUUUAAAUUUUUUAUACUAAUUUCGGUGAUAUACUUUUCCAAUGCAUUAAGUGAUCGUGAUUUAUUCAAUAUUAAUGCACCUGGAUCUACUAUUCUCGAACGCGGUAACGAUAAUUCUAAACUAGUUAAUUUGCAAAAUCCAAUCAAUUUUUACACAGAAAAAUAUGAUUCAAUUUAUAUUAACAGUAAUGGAAUCUUGACUUUUGUGAACGAAUUUCCCGAGUUUUUGAAUAUACCAUUUCCAAUUGAAUAUCCUUCAAUAAGUCCAUUUUAUUCAAAUAUCGACACAACAUAUGCCGAUCAAUCAAGUACAAUCUCAUAUUAUGAGAGCACAGACGCUUCAGUAUUAGCAACUGCCUCACAUCUUAUUCGUAAUUCCUUUUCGGAUGCAUCAAGCUUUUAUGCAAAAUCUAUUUUUGUUGCGACGUGGUUUCGAGUGCCAAAAUGGAAAAGCGAAGAAUCGGAACAAGAGCGAAGCAAUGAAUUCAAUACUUUUCAAGUAGCCAUCAUUUCAAGUGAUGAUCAAUCAUAUGCUGAAUUUCUUUAUCCACAAAAUGGAAUUCAAUGGGUUCAAGCUGAUACUGGAGAAUCUGGCCUUCCAGAUAUUCGCGCACGAGCUGGUUUUGUUGCGGCUGAUGGGCGCUAUACAUUGUUAAAAGGUGCUGGAACUGAUCGUAUUCGUAACUUGAAAGAAACAUCAAAUUCUGGAGAAAAUGGACGUUGGUUAUACCGUGUUGGUAAACUUUUGGAAAGUGAAAGUGUCAAGGAACCAGAUAAUAUCUUUAAAGAUGAAGAUAUUAUUAAACCGACAUCAUGCUCAGACGGUGGUAGGCUUCAAUGCCAUGUAGCAGCUAUUUGUGAAGAUCAACCAGAACGAAACUCAUUUUGCUGCAAAUGCAAGGAUGAUUAUUAUGGAAAUGGAUUUAAUUGUAUCAAAAGUACAGUUCCAAUUCGUGUAAUUGGUCAAAUUACGGGACAAAUUGGAUCUAAGAGUAUCUCAGCACCACUACAAGCAUAUGUUGUGAUGCAAGAUGGAAGAAUUUACGCAGCAAUCAGUUCAUUAAAUGGAGAAUUGGGUUCAAAAGUUCAACUUAUUGAAGUAAUUGGUGGCGUUGUCGGUUGGUUGUUUGCAAAGCCUUUCAGCAAUACACUCAAUGGUUAUCAAAUUACUGGGGGUGUUUUUAAUCAUACCAGUUCAAUCAGAUUCAACACUGGUGAAAAUCUGCAAGUUACACAACGUUUUAUUGGACUUAAUCUUUGGGAUCAAUUAGCUGCUGAAAUUGAAAUUAAUGGAGAUGUACCUGAAGUAAAGGAAGGUGUAAAGUUGUACAUGGACGAAUCAGUUGAGGAAUAUACCGUUUCUGGGAUCAAUAAAAUUCAAUCGGUUUCAUCAAAGAAGAUUGAAUUGUCAUCGGGCGAUCCUGACAUUGAAUAUACAAUCUAUCAAGAUAUUGUCUUUGACUCUUGCAGUCAAUUACCAAAUGUAAACACCAAAUUAAAAUCUUCAAAAGUUUCACUAGGAUACUUUUCACAAGAAAAUGCUGUUCGUAUAUCAAGCAUUAAUAAAAUAGGUCUCGAUGAGCGAUCUAAUCCUUGCACUGAGGGCACAGCAAAUUGUGGAGACAAUACGAUUUGCAUUCCUAAUGAGGAUGCAUAUGAGUGUCAAUGUAAAAAUGGUUUCGUUUUUGCUUCCAAUGGACCAGAUCGUGAUGCACCAGAAAUUUGCGUUGAUAUUGAUGAAUGUUCCGGUAAUCAUAUUUGCUCAGAAUAUGCUGAGUGCAUUAAUAGAAUCGGUGGAUAUGACUGCAUCUGUCUUCCUGAAUAUUAUGGAAAUGGAUAUGAUUGUCAAAGAACAGAAGUUAUACAAACAACACCACGCACUCCACCUCCACCAGUUGCACCUUGCCGCGAUUGUUCAGAAAAUGCUCAAUGCUUGGAAGGUGUCUGUGUGUGUAAUCAAGGAUUUAUUGGAAAUGGACAAGACUGUAGCAUGAUUUGUGCUAUGAAUGAAAUGUUUGAUGGUGAGAAGUGCAUCAAAAAUUCCGAGCUAAUUGAAGAAGACGAAGUCAAACCAUACUGUACUCAAACUCAAUGUGUCUGUCCGCGAGGUUAUAAAUUGUUUGAAUAUGCUUUUGGUGCAGUUUGUCGUUACGAUGAUACACCAGAAGAGACAGCACAACAUCCAGUCUUGAAAAUUAUAGUUUCAUGCGAUGUUGUCAAUAACUGUCACCCAUACGCAAACUGUGAAUUUGAUCAAAAUAUGCAGCGCUAUCAGUGCGUUUGUGCUCCAGGAUAUGAUGGAAAUGGUAUUGAUUGUACCGAAGUUGAAGCUAAUUGUGCUCAGGAAGACAUUUGCGAUAUUCAUGCUGAUUGUGUGUAUAAUGUAACAUUAAGAAAAAGUGCAUGCCUGUGUCAGGAAGGAUAUGAGGGAGAUGGAAGAACUUGUAAUUUAGCAGCAGAAUGCAGAACAUCAGCAGAAUGCACUGAUGUAAAUUCGUUCUGUAAUCAAGGUGUCUGUGAAUGUGCUGCUGGAUACGAAAGAGAUAAUUCUGAUUUGUGUGUCCCUGCAGGCUCUUGCAAUGGAGCUUAUUGUGCUGAAAAUGCAUAUUGUCGUUUUGAUGAUCGUGCACGAGUUCAUUUCUGUUACUGCCCUGAUGGAUUUGUUGGUGAUGGAGUUACUGAAUGUAAAUCAGUUCCACCAACAUGUAAUGUUCGAAAUAAUUGUGGAUUGUAUGCUUCAUGUGUCCCUAACUACAGAACUUCAAGUUAUCAAUGCACGUGUAAUGAUGGAUAUAAGGGUGAUGGAUUUGUCUGUGUUGCUGAAUAUAAUUGUAAUAAUAUCCCUGAACUUUGUGAUGUUAAUGCACAUUGCACACAAAACUUUGGAAAAUAUCAGUGUGUAUGCAAUCAAGGAUUCAUCGGAAAUGGUUCGAUCUGUACUCAACCUCCGAAACAUGAAACUGGCUUCUUAAUUGUUUCACAAGGCGUAGCAACUGUCAAAGUUUCACUCAGUGCCAACAAACGAAGUGUUCCAGUUUCAACAGCAAUGAUGGCUAUAGGUGUCGACAAAGAUUGUGCUGAAGGACGUGUUUAUUGGAGUGAUAUUUCUGCAAAGGCAAUUUUCAGCGCCAAAUAUGAUGGAACUGACAAAAAGCCAUUCAUUAAUGAAAAUAUCAUGUCACCCGAAGGCGUAGCUGUCGAUUGGAUUGGACGCAAAUUGUACUGGACUGAUUCUGCAAAGGAUACUAUUGAAGUUGCUAGUUUGGAAAACUCUACUUUACGAUCAGUUUUAAUUAAUCGUGAAUUAGUGAACCCAAGAGGUAUUGCAGUAGAUCCAUUGCAAAAUAAAUUGUAUUGGUCAGAUUGGAAUAGAAAAGCACCGAAAAUUGAAUGGUCUAAUCUUGACGGAACAGACAGACAGACAUUAUUGAGCUUCCCUAAUGUUAAACUUCCAAAUUCUCUAGCUUUGUCAUUAUCAUCUGGAGAAAUUUGUUAUGCUGAUGCUGGCAAUCAAAAGAUUGAAUGCCUUGAUACUUACACUCAACAGCCACGUCUCAUUGCUGAUAACUUGUCAUAUCCUUUCGGUCUUGCUAUUACUGAUGAUCAUUUCUAUUGGUCAGAUUGGACAACCAAAAAGAUUGAAAGCAUAGACUUUAAUGGUGUUCGUCAAACACCAAUUCAAGUUUUGUUCUUUAGCAGUCAUAAAACAUACGGUGUAACAGCCGUUAUUGAUCGAUGCCCUAUUGACUAUAAUGCAUGCAGUGUCAACAAUGGAGAUUGUCCUGCAGACAAUAUAUGUCUUGUGAAUCGUAUGUCACCUUCAGGAAAGUCUUGCAAGUGCAUUACUAAUGGAGCUUGCAACAUUCUGAGCGAUCAGGAGUAAUUAACCAAAGAUGAUUUUCAUUUUCUUUCAAUUGAAACCUAAGAUUUUAAAAAUUGCAUUUCUUUUAACAAAAAUGAUCCUUUACUUUCUUACUUACUAUUAACAUUUUUGAACAAAAUAAAAAAUAAUUUUUAAUUAAUAAA